CUAGUAGAGAGAUCUUUCUGUCUCCUGUAGCGGUGUUUAUAUGUACAUGCAAGCAGUUGCCCCCUUCACACUGAUACGGAGACACACAACAGCAUGGCGAGCCGGGGAAGAGCACAGAGUAUUCUUCACUCAUCAACAAAAACUAAAUUAUCAUGCGUAGGAUUCCUGCGGGUUUUAUUUAUUACUUUUAUACACACGGCGCAGGCGAACAAACAAGCAUUUAUACAGUCAGACACAAUCCUCGAGGUGCUACACUUUGGAGAAGGAAGUCUCUUACAGACAGAGUCUGACUUUGAUCUAAGUUUAUAUAAUCGAAAAAGUGCAUCCCCACAUCCAGGGAACAGCAGAUCUAUACUCUUCCAGCCUCCAAUUCUGGACUUCCAUGAACAACCUGUGGGGAUGCCAAAAAUGGAAAAGGUUUACUUGAAUAAUCCCAGCUCAGAAGAAAUUAGUUUGAUAUCAAUAUCAGCAACAACUGCCCAUUUUCAUGCAUCCUUUUUCCAGAAUGGGAUAAUCCCAGCAGGGGGAAACACGUCGUUUGAUCUCGUGUUUCUCGCCAGGGCCGUAGGAAACGUAGAAAAUACUUUAUUUAUUAAUACGUCGCAUCAUGGAGUGUUUACAUACCAGGUGUUCGGGGUGGGUGUCCCCAACCCCUACAGACUACGGCCCUUCAUCGGGGCCAGAGUCCCUGUGAACGGCUGCUUCUCUCCUCUCAUAAACAUCCACAACCCUCACAGUGAACCACUGCAGGUGGUGGAGAUGUACUCAAGUGACGGAGACCUUCAUCUGGACCUGCCUAAAGGUCGUCAACAAGGAGGCACCAGAACAUUCUGGGAGGUCCCUCCGUUUGAGACGAAGGGUGUGAUGAGGGCUAGCUUCUCGUCGAGAGAUGCGGACAACCACACAGCCUUCAUCAGGAUCAAAACCAACGAAGACCAGGUUAUCAUACUGCCUGUGGAGGUGGAGGUCACCUCAGCCCCUGGUAUAUACUCUUCCACGGAGAUGCUGGACUUCGGUAUGUUACGGUCACAAGAUCGGCCGAAACGAUUGAAUUUACUUCUACUGAAUUCGGGAGUGAAAGAUGUUUCGAUCACAAGUAUACGGACGACGCCAUCCAACGAAGCGGUUACGAUCAAUUUCAAAGCGAUCAUACUAAAAGCGGGAGAGAGAUAUACCGAAGUUGCAAGUAUUAGUUUUGAUGCAUCGAAAGCAGAAAGACGAGUUCAGUUUUCUGGUAAAAUAACAGUGAAGGUUAAGGAGAUGAACUUGUCUAAACUUGAAGUCCCAUACCACGCGGAGGUGCUACAAGGCUACCUAGGCUUUGACCACACGGCCACGUUGUUCCACAUCAGGGAUGGUCCAGUAGACCCCGUGAACAGACCCAUCUUCAUAACCAACGCUUUCAACUUCGCUGUUCGCAUACACGACGUCGUCCUGCCAGAUGAGGCCAAGACCAUGUUCAGCGUUCAGAAGUUCAGCGGCCCCGUUCUAAUCCCUCCUCGUGAGUCUCGCAUCGUCUUCUCUCUCCUGUUUCGCCCAGUCCGCCCUUCCAUCCACAUCGACGGCAACGUCCUCCUCAUCACCAACGCUUCCAAGUUCCACCUUCCUGUCAGAGCCUACACGGGCUACCUUGAGCCCCUGGUCCUGUCCCCCAGUCUUAAAGAGCACCUCUUGGACUUUGGGCUCUGCAGUUCAACAGACUUCAGCAGCAUCGUGUUCAUAGUGUUGAACAACAACCCCAUAGAGUUGGAGAUCAAGUCAUGGCUGGUGACAGGGGACAGUCUGUCCGUGGAGCUGCUGCGGACAGAUAGAGGGAACAGGACAGCAGCUCUGGGCCGCAGCAGAGAACUUCACAACAUCUCUGCUUCACAGCAUAAAACUGUGAUAUUAUCGUCAGGAUACUAUGCAGCGUUCAGAGUCACCCUGGAGGCUCAUGCUGUGGAGGGCCUGUAUGACGGAGCGGUACAUAUCACCACUGACUACCAGAUAUUAACAAUCCCAGUGAUGGCUGUGAUAGCAGUGGGGAAGUUAAACAGCCAUCCUGAACACAUCAUCCUACCGCCAUCCUUUCCUGGGAAGAUAGUUCACCAGAGUUUAAUCAUCCAGAGUUCCUUCACCCAGAGAGCGAGACUCCACCACAUCCGUUCUCUGACAGAAGACGUUCGCUUCUAUUACAAAAAACUACGUCAUAACAGGGACGGGCUGGAACCUAGACGCAAGUCCAAGGUCGCUAAUAUUUAUUUUGAUGCCGGUUUGCAGUGUGGCGACCGCUGUUAUGUGGGGUUGCCCUUUGUUCUGAAAUCUGAGGCUCGUCCCCACGGCCUGGUCUUACAGGAGGACGUCUGGGAUGCUGACGUUGACCUCCACCAGAAACUGCUCGGACGCUGGAGAGAGCUGAAAGAUCGUUCGGGACAUCAAGUUGAGGCGGUGUUUGAAGUCAGCACAGAUCUUCAGAAGACCGUCCAGGCGACAAUAACAGCUCAACAGAUCUGGCCGUCGCUGGUUAACGCCUCACAGCAAAUCACGUUUCCCCUCACCAAUACCAACAGCUCCUCUGAGAUGGAGGUUGUUCUAGAGAACCCUGCAGAUGUCCCGGUCUAUGUCCAGAUCUUUCCUCUGGCUCUCUACCCGAACCCUUCCGUGUUUGUUGGGAAACUAGGCGACAGGUUCCCACUGGGAAAGUUGUCCAACAUCGACACAAAAUCACUGGAAUUUCAGGUCAACAGAAACCUAUUCUCUGUAAAGAAGGGAAGCUCAGGGUUUGUGGAUGGCUCGACCAGACCGUUGGUCUAUAACGUGGUCCUGCAGCCUGGAGAGGUCACGUCCUUCAGCCUGAGGUUCACUCCUUCCAGCAACAACUCUGUUUCCUCCCUGCUCAUAGUCAGGAACAACCUAACUGUGCUAGAUGUGAUCGUGGUUCACGGCCAGGGAACCACAGGGAGCCUGCAGGUCGCUGGGACCCCACCAGGACCUGGGACCUCCCUUCUCUUCCAGGUGACUGAGGCUUCGCUGAAGGACUGCACACAAAAGAUCAAGUCCAAAGAGCCCAAAUCCACUCUGAGAAGGACCUUCAGGGUGGAGAACACUGGUCUACUCCCCUUGUACAUCCGCUCUGCAGAGAUCAACGGCCAGCCCUGCCAAGGAUACGGAUUCAAAGUUCUCAACUGUCAGCAAUUUGCACUUAAACCAAACGCUUCUGAAGACCUAGUGAUACUGUUUACACCGGACUUCACGUCCUCCAGGGUGAUCCGGGAGUUGAAGCUAGUGACGGAGGGAGGGUCAGAGUUUGUGUUUGUCCUGAACGCCUCUCUACCUUUUCACAUGCUGGCCUCCUGCACAGAGACCCUCCCCAGACCCUCCUGGGAGCUGGAGCUGUACGUCAUCAUCUCCCUCGUCAUGAGCUCCAUGUUCCUGCUGGUGAUUGCUAUAGCCUACCUGGAAGCCCAGGGGAUCUGGGAGCCCUUUAAGAGACGUCUGUCUCUGGACUGUCCCAUGGAGACGGGCAGACCCUUCGAUCUCAGGGAAAUGGUACGCAUUUCAAGUGAUGCUAACUUGAAUGAUUUCAGCGACGCCCACCAGAACUCGACCAGGGGGAUGUAUAGUUCUGGUAGCGAGGUGUCCCGGGUCGGGAGCCGGAACAACAGGGCUUCCAUGGACCUCGAUGGACACAGAACCAGGAUGGGCUUUGGUCGAUCAACUAUGCAAACCUCCUCCACCUCUUCUUCCUCCCAGCUAGCCAAUGGCGCCCCGGUUUCCUGUCAGCUGACCAAUCGGAAGUCGCGGAGCUCCAAGAGGCGGCAGGGUGGAGGACUCCUGGACCUCCAGAACGGGGGCCCUGGGUCAGGGUCGUCUAUGCCCCACAGAAGGUGCUGUUCUGGGGGAGAGGACCCAGACUACGCCAGCCUCCUGGGGGCCAUGGAUAACGACCUGGACAGACCUGAAUCGCCACCUCUACAGGAAUACAACGUACCUCUGUCUACACAGAACAACGUGCUGGACUCUAAAGGGAAGCAGCUGAGAGGUAAAACUCAGAGGAAGAGACCGGAGAAGGAGAGGAGAGCAAAGGGAGAACCACUCCAGGGAGACCAGCUGAAGGAUGUUUUGGCAGACAACGAUGAUGGCUCCUCUACCACCACAGAGACCUCUAACCCUGAUGUAGAGGCCAGCAACAAAGAGGAACCAGUGAAGAAGAAGGGCAGAACAGCAGUGACUCUGGAGAAAGAGGAAACCAAACCCCAAAACAACAAGCGACAAACCAACACAAACGAUCAAUGUAGUUCCCUGGAGCUCCCUUACAUCACAGCCCUGGAGAACAAACAACGCAAGACCUUCACAUCCAAAGGCCUCGUCCACUCUGCUCUCACCACCACCGCCCCUAAAGCUAGGACUCUGCAGAAACCCAGACCUGGCUCUCUCUCCCGUCUCAACUCGUCUGAUUCUUCUGUACUUGUGCCUUGUGGGAAGCUGGAGGAUUAUUGUCCGUUUCCCGCGGUGAAGCGGUUGUCCAACAGCUCGGUCUCAGAGCUGGGUCACAGCAGCAGCGUCGAGGGAGAGAAGGAGUUCGCUGCUACUGAAUGGGACAUCCCACUGCUCGCCAAAACCACCAACCCAGCAGACAGCCUCCAGCAGAUCUCCCUCCAGACCAUGAAUGCAGAUGCCUUCCUGAAGAGGCCCAUCUCAGCUAGGACCUACUCCACUUCCCCUUCUUGCCCCAGCCUAGUGACCAGGGGAACAUACAGCCAAGUACUCAAUGCCAACAGUGAGACCAACUUGAAGAAGACACCAGGGAACAAGCUAGCUAACGCCACUUCUCUCCCGGGCAAAAAUGGCAAUCCUACUUUUGCGGCUGUUGCUGCGGGAUACGACAGAAGCCCAGGUGGCAGUGGCCCAGGUCAAAGAGCCCAAGGGAAGACUCACAUGACCUCAGUGGAGAGUGACCGCUCAGACAGCUCAGGAUUAUGGUCUCCCGUAGGAUUCAACUCUGCCAACUCCUUCUCUGCAUUCGGCCCCAACAACUCUUUCAAUCUGACAGGAGUCUUCACUGGGAUGUCCUUCCCGAAGACAUCUGAGCCUCAGCAGACCUGGUCUGAGUUGAGCUCUGCAUCCACGUCUAUCUGGGACGUCCCCAGCAGCCCCCUGCACUCCUGGCUCAGCAGCUCCUCCGCUGUCCCCACCUCAUCCGUCCUGGGUAACAGCAGGAACCCUUGGUCUACCACCACUCCCUUUGGCAACUCCAUCUGGUCCACUAGUGGAGACACUGCACUACACUCCUUCACUCCUACCACCAGCUCUACCCUCCCAGACUUACCCAGCGGCAUCCGCACCCCGGGCCUGGCACCGGAACCGGCCCGUCCCGCUGCCCUUACUGAGAUGAGCCGUUCCUACAACCCUUGGAGGUCCAACGUCGGCAGACAUGGCUCAGAGCCCUGGUCCAGCCACUGAGGAGUAACAAGCACUCACUCUUAGCCUGGUCCCAAACCGGUUUCAGCUCGUGCCAACUCCAAUACUGUCUUUAUCAAGCCAAACAUGACGACAUGGCAUGAAAAUUAUUACCAAAGAGUUGGCGUAACACAAACAGGCUGGAACUCAGGCUAACAGAUCCAUACUCUUAACUGAAUUAUCAUGUAAAUGGAUUAUUUUAAGUACUUAUGUUACGUGAACAGAUCUCAAGGACGUAUUCUGGUCUAAAUCAGAAAGGUACUAUGGUAUCGGUUGUUAAACAAAAUAAUUUUAUCGACGAGUCCCGUCUGGAAAAGGGUUUAAAUGUAAUUUGGUAACCUCAGCACUUUGUAACACAAACCCCCAAAAAUCUCCUUAGCAUUUAUUUCACAGCAGUUACAUGCUUUUUAAUCGG